UCGGGGCAGGCCGGGGCGGGACGCGGGACGCGCCGCGCGGCUCCCCCGGCCGCGGCCCGCUCCCUGCCCUUCCCGCGGGCACAGCUGUGGGGCCGGCGGCGGCCGAGGCGCGGAGUGGCGGGACGAGGAGGAAGCAGUGCGGAGCCUAGUUUCGGGGCGGCGGGAGCCGGUGGGGGCCCGGCGAGGAGGGCUGGAGGUGGCGGGGCCCGGCGAGGCCACGAUGAAGCCGAACGGCGAGGACGAGGAGGCGCCCGCCGGGGGCCCCUGGGAGGAGUGCUUCGAGGCGGCCGUGCAGCUGGCGCUGCGGGCGGGACAGAUCAUCAGGAAAGCCCUUUCUGAGGAAAAACGCGUCUCAACGAAAACAUCAGCUGCAGACCUCGUGACAGAAACGGAUCACCUUGUGGAAGGUUUAAUUAUUUCCGAGCUGCAAAAGAGGUUUCCUUCGCACAGGUUCAUUGCUGAAGAGGCUGCAGCCGCCGGGGCCAAGUGUGUGCUCACCCCCAGCCCCACCUGGAUCGUCGACCCCAUUGAUGGCACCUGCAACUUUGUGCACAGAUUUCCCACCGUGGCAGUAAGCAUUGGAUUCGCUGUAAACCAAGAGCUGGAAUUUGGAGUGAUUUACCACUGCACAGAGGAGCGGCUGUACACAGGCCGGAGGGGCCGGGGCGCCUUCUGCAACGGCCAGCGACUCCGGGUCUCCGGGGAGACAGAUAUCUCCAAGGCCUUGGUUCUAACGGAAAUUGGCCCCAAACGUGACCCUGCCACUCUGAAAUUGUUCCUGAGCAACAUGGAGAGGUUACUCCACGCCAAAGCUCAUGGGGUCCGAGUUAUCGGGAGCUCCACCUUGGCACUCUGCCACCUGGCCUCGGGGGCUGCGGAUGCUUAUUACCAGUUUGGCCUGCACUGCUGGGACCUGGCUGCUGCCACCGUCAUCAUCAGAGAAGCAGGUGGCAUCGUGAUGGACACUUCAGGUGGACCUCUCGACCUCAUGUCUUGCAGAGUGGUGGCUGCGGGCACCCGAGAAAUGGCGACGCUCAUAGCUCAGGCCUUACAAACGAUUAACUAUGGGCGGGAUGAUGAGAAGUGAAAGGGAGCAGAGGGGCAGAGAAAUGUGACCCGAGGACUGGGCCCUCCUGCGAAUGCUGAGGCUGGCGGCGAGCCCUGGGACAAAGCUGCCUCCAGCAGCCUGCACACAUCAAGUGUCUCUGACCACCCCCAAGAGGAGGUGUUUUGCUAAAGUAUGUGGCUUUCUGGUUAAAUCCACGUCUUUCACCGGGAUUCGGUGUUUAGCUGGUGUCUCUCUUUAAUCUCACAUAGCCUUUAUCAGGUUAGUACACAUUCUUCUAUCAGGGCCAAAAUCCAAAUCUCGUGUGACAUACGUAUUGAAAAUUGAGUCUUGAUUUUUUUUCCUCCAGAAUGCAAAUCUCAGGUAAUAAGGCUUUAGAACUGCUGAUGAAGCGGACUUGUUCUCAGGCCCUCCCCCAUGGUACUUCAGAAUGCAAUAAAUCAAAAUAAUGGC